AUGAGGAUCUUGAAUCUUUCUACACUUACUGAUAAGCUCUGCGAAAAAUUGUAUGAUUGCAUUGAGAAUGAUUUGCUGGGUUCCCUCCAGCGGACAAGACACAGUAUUGCUCCUUACAAUUCCAAUGGCGUGGAGAAAGCUUCAGAACUUACGGUUUCUAGGGACACCACCACCUCCAACUCUGAAUUUGAUUUGGCCACCAAUGUUGACUAG